AUGACUAUAGAGCAAGGAGAUAAUGAGUGUUUGCGGUCCUUCAUCACUCACUUCAACAAGGAAGCCUUGAUGGUAGACGAGAAGGAUGGCAAGUUGUUGUUAGCAGCCUUCCACAAUGAUGUUAGUUCAAAUUUAUUCAUCCACAAGCUCUUUAAUCAAGAACUACAAACCAUGGCUGAACUCAUCCAUUCAGCCCAAAGCUUCAUGAAUGCAGAGGAUGCGAUCCUUGCCAAGAAGAGGAAGAGAGCAAAGAGAAUGGAAGCAAACCUCCCAUGCCAUCCUGAACAAGGUCCUCGUCCAAAAAAGGCCCAAACAGGAAAAAAGAAGGAUAGAGACAACAAGAAGGCAGGUUCGUUUUCAGGAAGGAGUCAGCACUACACACCCUUGAACGUUCCACUUGAUCAAGUGCUUAUGCAAAUCAAGGAUAAUCCAUCCUUGAAGUGGCCAAUAAAGAUGAAAGAAGAUCCCAAUAAGUGCAAUAAGAAUAAAUAUUGCCACUUCCACAGAGAUCACAGGCAUGACACGGAUGAGUGCUAUGACUUAAAGAAGCAGAAAGAGAAUCUCAUCAAGCAGGGUAAGUUGAGAAAUUUUCUUGGACGAGAUCAUAAGGAUGAAAAGUUGAAAGGAAAGAUAGAAGAGCUAUCACAGCCCCCACUUGGAGAAAUAAGAAAGACCACCAAGGACAAAGGGGCAGACGAGCAGGCCAAUACUUUCACAGAUGAAGAUGCUGGAAAGGUUCACCAUCCACAUGAUGAUGCGAUCGUCAUAACUUUGCUCAUUGCAAAGUACACGACUAGAAGGGUGUUAAUAGAUAAUGGAAGUUUAGCAGAUAUCCUAUAUUCUCUUGCCUUCCAGCAGAUGAGACUUGGACUAGACCAACUUCGUCCAGUGAAUUUGCCCUUAGUAAGAUUUGGAGGAAUGAAAGUACAACCAGUGGAUACUAUUACUCUACAUGUAAUGGUAGAAGCAUAUCCACAGCAGGUAGCCAAAGAAGUAAAUUUUCUCGUCAUAAAUUGUUCGUCUUCCUAUAAUGCCAUCAUUGGAAGACCAACUUUAAACAAUUGGAAGACAGUAACAUCUACCUACCAUUUAUAUGUCAAGUUCCCAAUGGAGUAUGGAAUAGGGCAAGUACAAGGAGAUCAGUUAGCCGCUAGAGAAUGUUAUGUUGCCAUGUUGGCUAUGGAUGAGCAUGUGCAGACGAUAAAUAUAGAGGAAAGAAUGGUUGUUGCAGAGCCCACUGAAGUACUGAAAGACAUCCCUCUGGAGUAG